AUGGAGCAUUCAGAUUUGGUGGCCGAAAUGGCCCAAGUGGAGCACCUGACUACACAGGAGAGGCUUCACUUGGCCCGCAGACGCCGUAUGCAGCAGUUAAAGUUAUGGCAGCAGAGAGAGAAGGAGUGGGCGCGGACGAGAGCAAAACGGGAGAAGAGUAACAAGAGAAGCAUAUACUUCAGUGAUAGCGUUAUGUUGUUAGAGGCAGCGGCGAGAAACGACAUCGAGGAAGUUCGAAGACUAUUAGCACGCGGCGUGACGCCGGAUGCAACGAACGAAGAUGGCUUAACCGCACUACAUCAAUGCUGUAUCGACAACAACGAAGCCAUGAUGAGGUUACUCCUCGACCACGGAGCUAACGUGAACGCGGAGGAUAGCGAAAAGUGGACACCGCUACACGCAGCUGCAACCUGCGGGAACCUCAACUUAGUUAGGAUAUUAAUACAACGAGGAGCUAAUCUUCUCGCUGUUAACGGUGAUGGUAACAUGCCCUAUGAUAUUUGCGAGGAAGAAAGGACGUUAGACGCGAUCGAAAGCGAAAUGGCAGCUAGGGGUGUAACUCAAGCGUUGAUAGAUGAAACGAGGGCCGCUACUGAGAUGCAAAUGUUACUAGAUGUGGAGGAAUUGGUCAAUCAAGGGAUGGAUUUGGACGAGCCGAGGGAUAAUCAGGGUGCGACUUUGCUCCACGUAGCCGCAGCGAACGGCUAUAUAAAAGUAGUGGAGUAUCUCCUAGAGCACCGGGCGUCCACCGAUGUGGUCGACCACGACAUGUGGCAGCCGGUCCACGCCGCCGCUUGCUGGGGACAUUUAGAAGUAUUAGAGCUAUUAGUACAUUAUGGAGCCGACCUCAAUGUGAGGAACAAGCACGAUGAAACGCCAGCAGAUAUAUGCGAGGAGGGCGAGAUGCGGGCGCGCAUCCUGCGGCUGGCGCUGGAGCAGGAGGAGGGGCGGCGGCGCGCGGCCAGCGCGGCGGGCGAGCGCCUGCGGGCGGCGCGCCGCUCCUCGUCCAGCGCCUCGGCCAGCAGAGUUCGCUCUGUGCGGCGGACGUCACUACGAGAGAAGCAGCUGGCGGCCAAGGCGGACGCGAGGGGCGAGGCGCGGCUGCGGGAAACAUUUGACUCGGCCGUCGAUGACGAAUAUCAGGGGCUGUCUAAUGGCGUGGAAAACGACCAGAACACGGCAAAUAUAUCCGCCGAUCUGUCGCAUACUCGUCUAUCAAUCAGCUCGACCGUGUCCAACCAGAGUUACGAAUCCGGAAACGUAGACUAUGCGGUACCCAAACAUUCAUACAACCAGAAAGGAAGACUAGACACCAUCGAUUCAAACGAUAACCUUACCUACAUUCAACCUAAGAUAUCCAACCCCUUAUUUGGGGUGAACGCCGCCUCCCAUUACUCGCCGGGCCCUAUACACGAAGCAAACGAUGGUAAAAUGUUUGAACGACUACCCAACGGUGUAAGGAAGGCACCCGAAGGUCAAGAUAAUGAAGCAUUCAAAAAUGAGGACGCAAUAGACGGUAGGAAAGAUGUGAUAAUGAGCCAAAACCCGAUCGCCAUCGCUGAAGGUGGAACAGCUACCUACACCACAGACAAUAAUGGUAAAAUCAAUGUUCAUGUCACCGUCAUGAUUAAUGCAGGAACAUUAGCGGAUUUGAAAAAACAGCGAGCACAGAUAAGAACAAACGGAAGUCCAGUUGAGAAUAGCGCGAACUCCACAACGAACCCGAGCCUCACAUCCAUACCGGAAGGAAAACAAGAAACCCAAGUGCAGAUAAGUCCACCUACUUUAACACCCAGUACUGGAGCAGUGCCAAGAUUUUCUGGCCAUACUAGUGACGUCGUCAGUGACUCGAAAUCGCGUCGAUGCUGUAUCAUAAUGUAA